AUGGCACUCACCAACAGAUUCAUCCGAUCCUUCACUCGCUUUCCCUACCAGAUAUUCCGCCUCAACUUCGGCCUGGCGGUUCGUCUCCGUCCGCAUGUGGAUCCUGCAAUGCCGCCACAUGGACCGUUUGACCUCCUCUUGGAGGAUGGGAGAGUGAUACCGAGGGCGUUAAGGCCUGCAACGUAUAUCUUCCCGAAUGGAGCUUCCAUGCGCCCUAAUUCUCAAACCUUGCAGAACCUUGCGAGGAAGGUUCGAGGAGAUGUUUACAUAUAUUCCGUUCCUGCAGGUUCGUGCACGGGCAAUAUUUUAGACUCCAUUGAUGAUGUUUGUAUUGUAUAUUUGAAUGCCCAUAUCACGCAUUUCCUGACUAUGCAAGGGGAGUGCCUUACCAGAGACCAAUGGCUCCAUAGGUACCCACAAGCAACUUACUUCUGGAAGUGA